AUGGACAUGGAGAACAGCCUGCUCACGCGGCUCGCGGCCAAUGGCCCCACGCUCAGCGACGCGCCCAUGCUGCUGAUGGCGCUGGUGGUGGUGCUGGCGCUCUCGGGCGUCCUCACGCGCAAGCUGUCCAACAUCGGGCUCUCGACGCUCGUGACGGAGGUGCCGACCAACCUGUCCAUCCCCGUGUCCGUGCUCACCGUGGAGGGCCGCAUGACCAAGGAGGACUACGUGGGGCGCCUGCGCGCGCGCCUGCUGCACGACGCCUUCUUCCAGCGCUGGCGCAGCGUCGUGCGCGGCGACUACCAGACGGGCGUCUACAAGUACGUGGAGCUGCCCGACUACGACGUGGCGCAGAACGUGGUGGAGCACACGGUCGAGGAGGGCGAGACCACCAUGUCGUACGUCGAGUCGGCGCUGGUCAACUCGCCGCUGGACUUCGACAAGCCGCUCUGGGAGAUGCACGUGAUCCACGACCCCAAGGGCAACCCGGGCGUCACGAGCGUCGGCUGGAAGGUGCACCACUGCCUGGGCGACGGCGCGUCGCUGGCCACGGCCAUGGCCAAGCUCAGCGACCAGAGCGAGCUGUUCGACGCCAUGCUGGAGAAGCGCGCGCAGGCCAAGAAGAACCCCAAGGCCAAGAAGCCCAGCAAGCCCCUGUCUCAGACGUUCAAGGACAUCCUGAUCUUCCUGUACGUGUGCAUCUGGUCCCUGUACGUGAUCUCCUCGCACAUGCUGGCGCUAGUGUUCCGCCGCGAGCCGGCCACGGUCUUCAAGCGCCCCGGAGGCAAGCACAAGCGCCUGUCCUACAACAUGAUCUACUCGGUCAAGACCACCAAGGCAGUGGGCAAGCACUUCCGCGCUACGGUGAACGACGUGAUGCUCAACGUGGUGGCCGGCGCCAUGCGCAAGACGAUGCUGGCUGUGGGCGACUCGGUGGCUCCGACGCUCAAGGUGCGCUGCGCCAUCCCCGUGGACAUGCGCUCCGCCACGGAGGUCAUCCGCCACACGAGCAACCGCUUCUCGUCGCUGGUGAUCGACCUCCCAGUGGGCAUUGAGGACUCGGCCGAGCGUCUGCACAAGGUCACGGGUGCCAUGAACGAGGCCAAGAACUCGCUGGAGAAGUUCUUCGUCUACUGGUCGAGCCACGUGGUGUCCAUGCUCCCGGCGCCGCUCAUGCGUGCGAUCGUGCACUUCACCACUGACCGCAUCUCCGUGGCCGUCACCAACGUCCGUGCGAGCGUGGUGGAAAUGAGCUUGUGCAAGAGCCAGGUGUCGGGCUUCUACGGCUUCGUGCCCCCGCCGCCGUACGUGAACCUUGGAGUGGCCAUCCUGUCCAUGGGCGACAAUCUCGGCCUGAACGUGCUUGUGGACCCGUGCGUCGGCGUCAACGCCAAGCAAUUCUUGGAGUUCGCGAAGGAAGAGUUCACUGCGCUCCAGGAAUCUGUGGCCGCGUUGGAGGCCAAUGCUGGAGAAGACAAGAAGACCAAGUAA